AGACAUAUAAAUAUUUGUUCCUACAACUUCCAACCCUCUUGUAAUUCCAGGAGUAGUUAGAAUCAUUGGAAUGCUGAUAUAAAUGAGAGUAUGUAGAGAUCUAGAAGAUUGGGUCCACGCCAGACUUUUGUUUUAUUCAGAGGUUUGGCUUCCUGCCCUCUGUUCAGGCAAUAAAUUAGCUGUAACAGAGCUGCUUCUAGCAUUCUGUUCAGUAGAAGUAUCCCAGCAGAGAUAAAACCACACAAAAUAAGGACUUGAAAAGGAAGUCAGCUGAGAUCAUCCUCAUCAGUAUUUCUUCAGUGCCUCAACAAUGAUGCUCCGCUCAGGCCGUAAAAAGCCGUAUCAAAUGCCUCCCCAUGGAAGACAGUCUGUGAACAAGCAAUUUCUGCUUACAAAUAUGAGAACAACUCCUAGAAAGCCAGUGUUCAGCCUGCGAAAAACAGUGAAAUGUUACAUACUAACUGAAGACUCAAAAACAGUGCAUUUUGAUAUAGAUGAAGAUGGUCAUCAUGAAAUUUCUACCAAGGAUUCACAAUCCCAUGAAGAUAUUGCAUGGUUAAGCGUGUUCACAAGAAAUGAAGCAGCAGUUACUGAGAAGCCUCUUGGGGGAAAAAAAGAUUCUAAAAAUUUGGUGAUCCUCACACAGAGAUCAAAGCUUAAUGAAUUUGUCCUGUUGUGCAAGGGUAAGAAGCAGCUCUCUCUGAAGGUCUUAAAAGCAUCCUGUUCAGAACCAGAUUAUUCUUCAAUGGAGAGAUGCAAUAUGAAAACAUGCAGCCAUGAAGACCCUGACUUUAAACAGUUGAGUGGAGAUAAUAACUUUUUCAUCAUGCAUUACCAAGGAGAUUCAGUGCAGUUCCAAUGCUAUGAAGACAGAAGUUACUACCUGUGUGUGAAGGACGACUCACUUGAUAUUCGCAAGCUGGAAAACAAAGAUCCCAACAAGGACAAAAAUUUUUACUUCAGGGUGUCAUAUUUACAGGAAAAGUAGCUCGUCUGCCUUUCAGUGGCCUAAGUGCCCACACAGCUCCUAAGAAGAUGCAGAAGUUUCAGAUCAACUAAUUUCUGUUUGAGCAAAAUUCUUACAUUUUCAUAAUUUCUAAAUCAUCAACGUCCUUUAUUUAUGCACAUUCAGUAGCAAAAGAGUAAGGCCAAGUUUGAAAAACAUACUACAAAACAUACUACAAAAACAAACUA